AUGAAGAUCACAGGUCUCGUCCUUCUCUCGGCCACGUCGCUGGCGCUGGCAGCGGUCGCCGGCCCAGAAGAUCGAAAUCGGUUCGGUGGCGGUCACCGGGGCACUCGUGGCCUGGAACACACUUCUAAGUCGAAGUGCACCAAGACCAGGUCCAGGACCAGGCACACAGUGACCAAGACGGUGACCGAAUCUGAAUGCCCCAACACAUCCGCUGGAGAGUUGGUCACGGUCACUGUUCCCACGACAGUUACCGUCGGCGGGGAGGACGCGACGGUCACGAUUACAGCUCCUAAUGAGGACAACACUGCGACUAUCACUGUUGCGGAGACGAUCACUGUUCCUGGUGGUGACGAUGUUGCGACCAUCACCGUCACUGUCCCCGGCGAUGACAAUGCUGCCACAAUCACGCUUGCGGAGACCGUUACUGUUUCUGGUGACGAAGUCACCUUCACUGUCUCCGGUGAAGAGGUUACUGUAACCGUUCCUGGUGAUGAAGUUACUGUUACUGUUCCCGGCGAGGAAGUCACCGCGACCGCCACCACGACACUAACCAUCCCAGGAGAGGGCGAGGUUGUUACCCUCCCGGCCGAAACCGAAACCCUCACGCAGGAGAUCACCCUGACUAUCCCUACCACGAUCACCCUUCCUGCUGAGUCGAUCACCGUUACCCAGGCCCUCACGGAAACCCUGACUGAGACUCUCACUGAGCCUACGACGGCCACUGAGACGGAGACCCUUACACAGGUCGUCACCGAGCCCACCACCACCACUGCAACCGAGACCGAGACCCUGACUCAAGUCUUCACCGAGCCUACGACUACCACCACCACGGAGACUGAGACUUUGACUCAGAUCUUGACUGAGCCUACCACGACUACCACCACUGAGACCGAGACUGUCACGACGCCUACCACCACCACGGAGACGGAAACCGUCACGACUCCCACGACUACAACCACGACGGAGACGGAGACAGCAACAAUCACGGAGCCAACCACGACCACUACCACGACCACCGAGACCACCGUCCAGACUGUCACCACCUCCGUGCUUGCGUGUCCCGCGGGCAACCCCAUAAUCAACGGUGACUUCGAGGGCAGCCUCACCGGCACCUGGUCCGUCCUCGAAGCCGGCGAUGCCGACGUGGAUCGUAUCGCCGUCGGUGGUGCUCAGGGCUAUGCGCUCCGUGCUCGCAUCAACAGCGGAAACGGAAACCUGCCCCAACGCAUCGUCCAGUCCGUCACCGUUUGCCCGGGAGCGAACUACAAGGUGUCGUUCAAGGCCCGAAGGACAACGACUUCGGGCAGCGUCUACGCUACCCUUUACGUCAACGAUUCUCAGCAGGCUGGUGGACUUAUCACCGCCUCGAGCUUCACUUCCGUCGCGACGAUUGGUUCGGGAAUUUUCUCGACUACUUCCAAUAGUGUUACUGUCAGGAUCGAAUUCACGUACGGCGGAUCUGGAGGUUCGAAGGAGGUUCAAGUCGAUGAUAUUGUCCUGACCAAGUUGUAA